AUCUAAUUCGACAUUUUAUUUUGGUUGAAUAAAGUUGUAUGUUGUAUUUAAGUUGGUCUAUUUAGGAUAAUUAUCUAAAGUAAUUUAUUAUUCUAUGAAAACAGCCCUGUAGUGUUUACAAUGGAGGUGUCAGAUGCUGAAAAAGCAAAGUCGUUCUGGGCCCAGGUGGAUGUAGACCAGGCUUUUGAGUCGUUACUGGGAUUCCUGUUGUGUCUGAGGGACUCUAUCAAGAACAGCACUGCCACAGAUAACGGUUACAUCCUGGGCAUGAACAUCAUUCUGCAGGCAGAAGUGUCUCUUACUCCAGCCCUGCCGAACGACCCCAUAGAGGCCAUGCUGAUCAGUGAAGACAUCCUGACAGUUUCUGUAUCCGACUCUCACUGCACUAUGUUGAAAAUGAAGGACGGAUCUGUGCUGGACGUGUUGCACGAAGAUGGCUCGAGGAGUUCCAAGAACCUGGAGUCAGACAGUAACCAGACGUUAGGGAGGUUUGACUCAGAUGACCUUUUUGCCCCCGUGUCUCCGGUGCAGCUGUCUUAUAAGCAACACGACUGUGGCCCUGCAUGCCUGCCUCAACUGCCAUUACAUUCGGACAGUUUGCUGGCUCAGAACCCUCUGCGAGUGCCUCUUUUGUGCCACUUUCAGCGUCACUGUGCCAAGCCGCUUAAAUUUCCGGAUGAGGAUUCGGAGGUGCCGGUGAAGGAGCCGGAGAUGGACGUGCUCUACAAAUCUCCAUGCGGCCGCAGCCUGCGCUGCAUGGACGAGGUGUUGCAGUUCCUGCGCCAGACCGAAAGCCUUGGCGUCCUGCAGCCGACCCAUUUCAGCUUCGAUCCGCUCGUCCUUCAGGAGCGCCAGACCCAGCUGAGGCCUCCAGGUUCUGCCCAGAGUUUGCCUGCCAGCGGUGUUUUCGAGAGGGACGUCAGCCGUGGGACCGAGGCAGUUCCGAUCCCUCUGUGCAACGAGGUAGACGGUGUGCGGCCGAGGGAGUUUCGGUAUCGCAAGGACCGCUGGCCUCAUGGCUGCUUCUUGAGCAAGGCGCCGCUUUUCGUCACCUGCUGCGACUGCACGGAUGGAUGCACGGAGAGCAGCAGCUGCUCCUGUCUUCGGCUGUCUGUGAAGGCCGGCGCAAAGCCGGAGCAGCUUUACAGCCACCAGCGGCUGAAUGAGCCUUCGUCCACGGGGCUGUACGAGUGUAACCCGUGGUGCGGAUGUGAGAAGAGGCGGUGUCAGAACCGCGUGGUCCAGCGUGGACUCCGUGUGAGGCUGCAGGUCUUUCGUACUCACGACCGAGGAUGGGGGGUGCGCUGUCGUGAUGACCUCGAUAAAGGCACCUUCGUCUGUACUUACUCAGGUGUUGUUCUCAGACUUGGGCGGAGUUUAGAAGAGCCCCUCCCACCAAAAAGCCAGAAGGAGGAGCCGUGGACGGACGACGAGGUGGAGGUGGUAGAGGAGUGGACGCUCCCCGCCGGGCAGAAGAAAACGUCCAGUGAGACACAGGAUACCUCUCCAUCUCUUCAUGUUCCUGUGAUCCAGAGACCUGCAGAUCAGCUCUCGGCCACGCUGGAGGGGGAGCGGGGACAGCUGGAGAGCACGCAGGAUAAGCAGGAGGAACCAAACCCCUCUUCACCUAAAUCUAACAAAACAGAAAUUGAAGACAGAGGUGAUGAAAAGAUGGUGAGAAAAAAGCCACGGUUGGAUGAUCGGGAAAACGGCAAUGCCAGAUCUGCAGAUCAGACGGUGCCCAGGAGAGAUGGGAAACGGGGCGCCCAGGAGAAAAUGUAUUAUCUGGAUGCUUCUAAAGAUGGAAAUGUUGCAAGAUUUAUUAAUCACAGCUGCAAUCCAAACCUGUUUAUCCAGAACGUCUUUGUUGAUACCCACGAUCGCAAAUUCCCAAUGAUCGCCUUCUUCACAUCCCGGUCAGUCAAGGCGGGCACUGAGCUGACCUGGAACUGCUCCUAUGAACCUGGCAGUGACCCUGAGCACGAGGUGCCAUGCCUGUGUGGUAAUGAGAACUGUCAAGCAGUGCUUAUCUAAACCUCAUAACGGUCAUGUGUGUGUAAGCUCUGUACACAGGAAGAGCAAAUCUACACUGGAGACCUACGAAAAACAUUAACACAGUUUGAUUGAAUGUAUUUAUUACAUUGUUGUAACAUGUGGCAGUAAACGAUUGGAUGUCAGGAAAAGAAAGCAUCCUGUGUGUGUGUUUAGGGUUCAUGCCUUUUAUAAAAUGGUUGUAUUUGUAUAAAUGUUCACUUUCUCAAAAUUUACUGUAUAUACUAUAAAACAGUCAUUAACAACACUGUCUUUUUAUACAUGCUUGAAAAUAAAAAAUUUU